AACAGUUGCAUCAACGGCAGCUGUCUGCAUUAAAAAUUACGGCGUAUACAAAAAAAAUAAAGGCGAACUAAGUAUCAAAGACUUGGCGUUGGAACUUAAGCAGCCAAUUUCUAUGUUAGUUGCAAUGUGCGUUUUAAAAUUUAAUAACAGCAGCAUGCAGUAGCUGCUGCAUUUCUUAUUGAUAGUUAAACAUUAGCCACAGAGCCCGCAUAAGCUGCAUAAUAUGAGUUGAGUAAAUAAUAAGAAACUGCCACGUCAAAAGUUUACGCUCAAGUGCUGUUAAGUGUUGCCCAAAGUUUUGAGUGUGCUCGUAACGCGUUGCAGUGCCUCCUAAUACGUUAACGUAACGGCUAAAGUUUGCACAGCCAGCCAGCCAGGCAGCUAGCCAGACAAACUUACUUACUGACUUGACUGACUGGCCAACUGCUGCUGCAGUUUUGAGUUUCGAAUUUGAAGUUUUUGACAACAACAAAUUUAGUUAACAAAACGCGCAACAACUGUGAACGUGACUGAAUUUAUUUCAUAUUUUUAAAUGUGCGCAACGCUUGUCGGCUAAACAGCGCAACACUCCGCGUAUACGCAACGUGCAAUUCUAAGGCGUAUGCUCUGCAAUGGACCUCAAGAGUGGCUCACUGCUCGUUGCACCCGCUGUUAAGAACUCCAGCUGCUCACAUCCACGCUACACUGGCCACAAUCUGAUCCAGCACAUUGGCAUUGCGGAGACAAUUGAAGCGGUGCUCAUUUUGGUGCUAACACUGGGCGUCAUAGGCGCCAACUGUUUGGUUAUCUUUGUCAUAAACAAUCGUCGCUAUGCUGCCUACAUACACCAACAGCCACGUUAUCUGCUCACAUCGCUGGCGCUAAAUGACCUAACAAUUGGUUUGCUAAUUACGCCGUUUGGAUUAAUGCCAGCAUUGUUUCACUGCUGGCCAUAUGGAGAGAUCUUUUGCCAAAUACAGGCGCUGCUGCGUGGCGCGCUGUCGCAGCAGAGCGCCGUCAUCCUCGUCUGCAUGGCCGUGGACCGAUACAUGUGUGCACUGCAUCCGCGUCGUUAUUAUCAGCACUCUAGCAAAAAGGGCUGCGUUGCCAUAUUGAGCUUAACAUGGAUAAUCAGCCUGACGGUGUUUGGAUUCCUCGUGCUGCCCAAAGGAUACUAUUUCAACAACACCGGCUUAAUGGCCUGCGAACCGUUCUACAGUAAGCCCUCGUAUCGCAUACUAUCCACAUGCGCAUUGUACUUUCCCACCACAAUGGUGCUGAUGUACUGCUACGGCUCGAGCUUUCAUAUGAGCCGUUUUCGCUUGAACGAUCCAACAAUGCCGCUCACAGCGGCCGCACAUCAUCCGCAUCCACAUCAUCCGCCCCAGCAGCUACAGCAUCAACAACAACAGCAGCAGCUCCAACAGCAACAGCAGCAGCAGCAACACCCACAGUCGGCGCAUCUUUUUGGACAUGGUAGCCAUGGGCACUCGCAUCACACCCACCACCAUCAUCAUCGCCCACCAGUCAUGAACCAUCUGAGCAUGGCCAUGAGCAUGGGACUCGUGGGCAUGCCAAGCAUGACCAACAAGAUAACCAAAAAGAUUGUGCCCAUACAGGAGAAGAACUCUAGUGGGAACACGUCACGUUCUAUGGCUGCCAUUUCGCUGGGAUUCAUUGUUAUGGUCACACCGUGGACCAUACAGGAGAUUGUCACCGCCUGCACUGGCUCGAAGCUGCCGCCGUUUCUUGAUUUUGUAGUCACUUGGACUUCAUUGAGCAACAGCUUGUGGAAUCCUUUUAUGUAUUGGCUGCUAAAUUCCGAUUUUCGUCGCCUUAGCCGCCAACUGAUGCCCAAUCGAUGCUUUCCCAACAAGGAUACACCGGAGCACAAGUCCGCCUGUUGUCACAUCAAUGCGAACGAUUUUGAAAUCACAACGCUGCCGCUGCCACCGGAACCGCCCGCCUCGCGACCGCCAGCUAAUAAUGGCGGCGGCGGCGGCGGUGGCAACAGCGCGUCGGUGGGUCAAGGCGGCAUUGGCGGCGCCAUUGGUGGCUCUGUGCUGGGCAUUUGUGCGCGCUCGCGCGCCAACAGUUUGAGUCGCAGCGCCUCGCAGUACAUACGCGGCACGCUGGGCGGCGGCGGCGGCCACGCCCAUCAGUCAGCCGCCGAGAACUAUGCAGCCAUGCGGCCCGACAUUGAGGGAUUGUCUGAGAAGUAUUGGGGUGAAAUUUUGGAGCGCACUGUCAGCUCGGGCAAUUUGCAUGCCAUGCAAAAGACUUUCCCGCACUUUCCGUAUCAUCAGCAUCAGCAUCAGCAUCAUGUGCAUCAGCCGCAGCAGCAUCAGACCACCUCGUUUAGCAAGCACAGCGAUCUGCAUUUGAACAUAUCGAGCGCUGCUCAGGAGGCCGCCGCCGCCGAGCUAAGCAAAUUCUCCAAUUCGGAGCCCAAGCUAUGCGAGCAUCUCUUCCACGAUGCCAACUGCGCCAAGAGCAAGCUGCUGGACGCCGGCAACGGCGCAACGGUGUGCACAGUAGCCGCCAAGCUGGCAGCAGGACGCAGCAUACCGGACAUCUAGUACGCAGAGGAUGUGAUACUCGCCAACAGUCAACAGCUGGCGGCGCGGCAGGCCAAGUGCGCGCAUCAUCCGCAGCAUCAGCAGGCUCGAAGCUUGCUGCUGGGUCAUCCACAAACGGGCAGCCUGCGCUUGAGCCGGGUACGCGCCGCUUGCCACAGUCCACCACCGCCCCAAUGCACCGCCGACAGCAUGAGCGAGUAUCGCAAGUAGUUAACGACAGAGAUAGUGAGAGUUAGUUAGCCAUUAGUUAGCGCUUAAGUCUAUAUGUGUGUAUGUGUCUAACGAAAAAAUUCGGUAUACUUCUCUUCAAACGUUUGAAUUGCUUUGCUAUUCAAUUUC